AUGGAGGCACAGACACAGAGACAGUGGACCAGAGGACCCAGAAUGGAGGGACCAGACAGAGGACCAGAGACCACAGACACACACCCACAGACACAGAUCCAGAAUGGACCAGGACACACGGACGACCACAGAAGACCAGGAGGAAAGGACACGGAGGAUCCCAGGAGGAAGGAUGGAGACACAGGAACGGAGGACCAACUGAACACACAGGACACAGGGACAAAAUAUGGACAGGACACAGUGGAGGACUAUAAAGAAGAGGAGGAGGAGAUGAAGGAUGGAGAGGCUGGCGAACAGGAGAAAGUAACGGAGGAGAAGAAGGAGGAGCAAGAUUUCCCAGUCGACCUGGAGAACUGCAUCACUCUGGAUGAACUGGGAGAAGACCAGUCCCAAGACGCUAACGGUGAAGAAGUCAAAGAUAAACACAAAUCUUCUUCCUGGUCCGGCCGAGUGGUUUUCUUCAACAACAUCCCGCCGCUUCCCUACAGCGACGCCAGCUUCCUCAGUCUGGUCAAAGGUUUGGGGACGGCCGUCUACUUUUACAGGGUCCCCCGAAGCAACAAGGCUUUCAUCGAGAUGUCGACUUCUUCUGAGGCUCGGAGAGUUGUUAAUGAGCUGGCCUGUCAGCGAGUCGUGAUCAACAACCACAGAAUCUGUGCCUACAUCUCCACCACGUACAAGAGACUCAGCGAGGGUCUACACAGUUGGCCGGUUCCAGUGGUCGAGGACAAGGACGAUAGGAAGGAGAGCAAGAAGAGCGAGAGACGAAGCAGGGACAAGUCUGACGAGAGGAAGUCUACGGGGAGGAAGGAAUCCUCGAAGAAGACUCCAGAGAAAGAGUCCAUGUCUAAGAACACACCAGAGAAAGACUUGUCUAAAGAGACUCCAGAGAAAGAGUCCAAGUCCAAAACUGUCAAAGAGAAAUCUUUAGAAAAGGAGUCCGCGUCACAGACUCCAGAGAAGAAGCCAAAAGCGAAAAAGACUCCAGAAACUGAACCUGUUGCCAAAGCCGUGUCAGAAAAGACCACCAGAACAAGACCGGAGAAAGACUCGGGCAGUAAAACCACUUUAGAAAAAGAAUCUUUAUCUAAAACGAGUCCAGAAAACAAGGCGUUAAAAAGAAAAAGGACCCACGAGGAAGACUCUGUGACUAAAAAGAAAGACAAGAAAGCCACUGAGAAGAGUGAAGAGACUCCGGACAAAGAAAAGCUAACGAUCCAUGAAAAGGAAGGAUCGACUGAGGAGAGUCCAGAGAUGGACGAGUGUAAAGCCAAAAAGACUCAAGUGAAAGAAGAGCGUGAGGACAAAGAGAUAUCAGAGACAGAGGAGUGUAAAGACAAACCUCCUUCUAAGUGUCAAGGCAAAAAUACUCAGGUGAAAGACGAGUGUGAAGACAAAGAGAUUUCAGAGACAGAAAAGUGUAUAGACAAACCUACUUCAAAGAAGGAUGUAUGUAAAGGCAAAAAUACUCCAAAGAAGGGCGUAUGUAAAGGCAAAACGACUCAAGUGAAAGACGAGUGUGAGGACAAAGAGAUUUCAGAGACAGAUGGGUGUAAAGAAAAACAUACUCCAGAGAAGGACGUAUGUAAAGGCAAAAGACUCCAAAGAAGGCCGUAUGUAAAGCCAAAAAGAAUGCAGACACGGACAAGACUCAAAAGUCCCCUGAAGUUCAGGAGGAGACAUCUGAACCAGGACCGAAGCAUUCGGAGCGUGAGGAUCAACCAGACUCUACUGGAGAUUCUCUUAAAAAGACGCUGGAUAAAAGUCCUCAGAAUGCUGCUGCUGUUGGGCUGCAGGACUCGGAGAGAGAGCCUGGACCUGCAGGGGGGCGCUGCAGAGCUGCAGGACUUGGAGCAAAAUCUUGGACCUGCAGGGGGCGCUGCAGAGCUGCAGGAACCCACCAGACCUGUUGGUAAGAACAUAGACUCCCUGAGCUUGGACCACCAUACUAUUUAG